GAGGUUGAUUGCGCAAGUAAAAAAACUACAACUCCCUAGAAAUUAUAUCCGUAUCACUUGUGUACGAUUACAGAUCGCCAACAUAUUUGAGAGGUCGCCGUCUUAACUGCAAGUAGCCUAGACCACCAAAUGAUUUGACGGUUCCACAUAUCAGUUGACACUCUCAAUUUUGUGUCAUGAUGGCGGAUGACAACAAACCAAUCCACGAGCUGCGUUUUGACGCUGCAGUCAAAGUGAUUCAGAGUUUACCUGCGGACGGUUCCUUUCAGCCUUCCAAUGAGAUGAUGUUGAAGUUCUACAGUUACUACAAGCAGGCCACACAGGGACCUUGCAACAUUCCACGGCCAGGCUUCUGGGACCCAGUGGGCAAAGUCAAAUGGGAUGCAUGGAAUGCUCUUGGAGAAAUGUCAAGAGAGGAGGCCAUGACUGCAUAUGUUGAUGAAAUGAAACUGAUUCUGGAGAGCAUGCCGGUGACGGAUGAGGUCGAGAGACUGCUUAAGAUCUUGGGGCCAUUUUAUGAGAUGGUGGAUGAAAAGAAGGUCAACCAAGUGUCUGACCUGUCCGGAGCCCGACUGGCAAGAUUUGCUAGACAACUGGAAGGUAUUGGGGAUGUUAUGGGCAAAACAUCCAAGGCAGUCACCAAGAGUAUCAUCAGGAACCUGGAAAUGAAUGGCUCUUUAGACGAUCAUAUGUCCAAAUUGGAAGCCAAGAGGAGAGCCAUCAAGAAUACGGAAGAUGAUGACAUUGAGGAGGAGGAGGAGGAAGAUGAAGAGGAGAUUGUAGAAGUUAAAAAAGCCCCACCACCAAGAAAGAAAGGGUCAUCGGGGAAGCCUAAAGCACCCUUAUCAAAUGGUAGUGUGGCCCAUGGAGGCAUCCCUUUAACGAAUGGCACGCACAGCUCCAAGUCUGCUCUUAAUGGAAAUGGUGUGAAAGAGGAGCCAGAUGACAUGGCCCUACCUGAUGGAACCAUGGAGGUCAAUGGCCAUCUCAGUGAUCUCCCUGAGGACAUGUGUAGCCACCAGCAUGUGGCCAGCGACUCAGACAGUGAGGUUUACUGUGACUCGGUUGACCAGUUUGGUAUGGAGGAGGGCUCAGAGGUGCACACCAACCAUGCCCCGGACCUCGAGGACAAUCACCACAGCUCCCUGUCUUUCACCGAGGAGCUUGGCACACCCGUGUCUGACGCAGAGGACCUGCAGGCAGGGUCCGAGGGCGUCCAGCAUGGGGGGGAGGACGGUAAGACUGGGUCAGGCUCUUCACACAGGCACAGGAUACCUGCAGAGCGAGCCGACAACUCACUGGUCCGCAGGAGCAGAGGCUCCAGAUCUUCUUCCUCGAGUGGUGGGAUCCAGAGGAUGUUGCAGGGCAACGGGGGAGAUGGGGAGCGCUGGGGUUCGGAAGGCGCAGUUGGAGGGAAUCUCAAUGAGCAGAUAGUGACCGCACUGGCAAGGCUACAGGAAGAUAUGCAGAGCGUACUCCAGAGGUUGCACACUCUGGAGGCCCUCACUGCCUCCCAGGCGCGGUCACUUGCCUUGUCUCCAAACUUUCCAUCACCCCAUGUAACAAAGAGACCUUCCUGGUGGCCCUUUGAAGUAUCCCCAGGCACCGUGGCCUUUGCAGUGGUGUGGCCAUUUGUUGUGCAGUGGCUUAUUCGCCUGUACCUCCAGCGAAGGAGACGGCGGAUCCACUGAGAAACCCUCCUUCCUCCAGACGUAGGAAGUGGAGCCAGCCCCAGGAGAGCUCCGUCUGGCCCUUUCUUUAGUAGCAGGCCUCAGAUAGUUUCCUCUCUGCUUGUGUUCCCCUCAUGUCUAACUCUACGCUUUUGCACUAUGAUGACAGCAUCAAGAGUAGCGAGUGGUAGGUUGCAGCUAAAAUCAGUCCUUUUGUGGACAUGUGAAUUGUAUAGAGUCGCAGCUUAUCACGCAAGUUAAUUUCCUAAUUUUCAGUUGAAAUCUUGAAAUAUAACAUACCAAGGACACUAACACUAAAACAAAAUCUGUGUGCGGAUUAAUGGAUGUAGUGUAGUUCACUUUUUUAAGAUUUAAAUACAACGAUUUUCAGAAGCUAUUUGAUUAUGUAUUCAUCACGGGCAUUAUGACUAAAUUGAAAUGUAUAAGUUAAUAAUCAGUUUGAGAUCCAUAACCAGAACAGUUAUAACUCACAGAGAAACUUGCUGCUAAUUAUUUGUAUUGGGCAGAACAAUGCUCUUAAGUAGGUCUAAUGCGCAUUUUAUGUUAAUUAUGUUCAAAUACAGAACAUUUAGUGUGAUUGAGGAAAAGUAGUAAUGUGUCCAUGAUCUGCCGAUACUGUUUAUCAAUUUUAGUGCAGGAGUAGGUCCCUGUAGGUGUUUAAAAUAUUGCUCAGAAUGUCAUCUUUUCAUAUUUAAAAAAGUCAGUCUAGUUUUUUUCUUAUUAUUAGUAAUUAUAAUCAACAGAAAAAAAGUCUUUGUUGUGCAGAUAUGUUUUAACUUUUCAAUGUGUUAUGAGUAAGGAAAAGACAUCAGAGAUCAUACUGAAUAUUCGCUCAUAUCCUAAGUGAGGCAAGGACUUCACUGAACCAAAGUAUGAUAAUAUCACCAAAACCCUGCUGCAAUACACUUGCAGAGAGCUGAUCAUGAUUUAUUGAUCUAUAGAUCCACAUUGUGUUAAGUCCAAAGUUUCAACCCUCAGUUAGGAUUUAUUACAACUUACUGAGCAGCAGAACGAGUUACAUUUCAGAUCUGUGAUUGGUUAACAUUAACAGUCCGGUUUUAUCCUGCAAUACUGCCCGAGAGAAAUCUUUGCUCAUUAUCUGCAGAGAGCAUUUCUAUCCAUGCCUGAUCACCAGAAGAGUCAGGAGAUACCUGAUUGAAUGUUUUGGACAAAUAGGAGUAGAAGGAGCGAGCACUUAACGUUUUAAGAAAUAAUGUAAUUUUAUUAAUUCUAAAAUGGAUCAUGGAUAUCCUUUUUAUCAGAGUUUUAUGGUUGUUUGUUUUUUGUUUCCAUUAGUGUAAAUUGUGUAAUACUGUUAAUAGAGACUGUACAGUAUAAAUAUAAUGUAUGGAUAUACCAAUGUAAUAUUUUAAUUGCACUGAAGUGUAUUAUUGUAAUAUACAUAUAUACAGAUAAAUACCUAUUUAAUUAAUUCCUGUAAUAUUGUUUGAAUUGGCAGUAGAUCUGACCUUAGAGUUGUACAAAGGCGUUUUUGUUGAAACUAUCCUUUCUAUUAAGCCUUCUAACCAAGUCUGCCCCCUUGUGGUCAGUUCUUUGCAUGUGUUUGCUAAUCUGAAGCACGAAUAAAGGUUUUGGAACAAUUUA